GCCGAGGCGGGCUUCCUGAGGGAAGGGUGGGAAGAGCUCCCUCGCAGCCGUGCGUGAAGCACCGUCGAAGGAAAGAUACACGUGGCUCUCUCAGGCUCUGCCCGCACGAGCCUUUGCAUUCGUCAGGAAUUUAGGAUUAGGCAAACGGCACCUGCGCCGUAAAAGCGCCUUUGCAGCAACACGAAACAUAAGUUCAGAAGAAUGAUCCGCUAGCAGGGAGAGGAAAAUAAGUUGGUAGGGUAGGAAAUCGAUGAGGAUGAAGAAAUACGUUUGAUUACACGCAUAUCUCGCCUGACUUUCGGGAGCUCAGGAAGAUGCACCUAUUGCUUGCUUUCUCCCAUUUCCCCCCAUAACCGUCUGAGUUGAGUUGUUCUUCUGUGAGUUUCUUGAGUUGAGUUUCUGUGGCAGAGGAUGGACUUGAACGUGGAUCUUCCCAUCCAGAUGCAAUGGAUCAACUGGAGCAAAGGGUAAAUGAAUUUUUUAUGAAUGCAAAGAAAAACAAACAGGAAUGGAGAGAAGAACAAAUGACUUCAAUUAAAAAGGAUUACUACAAAGCGCUAGAAGAUGCAGAUGAAAAAGUACAGUUGGCUAAUCAAAUUUAUGAUUUAGUAGACCGUCAUUUAAGAAAAUUGGACCAGGAGUUAGCUAAAUUUAAAAUGGAACUUGAAGCUGAUAAUGCUGGUAUUACCGAAAUACUGGAAAGACGUUCUUUGGAACUGGAUACACCUUCACAACCAUUGAAUAAUCAUCACGCACAUUCUCACACUCCAGUAGAAAAAAGGAAACACAAUCCCUCCUCUCAUCAUGCAGCAGCAGACCAUGUACCUGAAAAGAAGUUUAAAUCUGAAGCUCUUCUGUCAACUCUCACUUCAGAUGCCUCUAAAGAAAAUGCACAAGGGUGUCGAAACAGUAAUUCAUCAUCCUCAUCCAACAGUGCAUAUAAUGCAAAUUCUUCUCAGCCAUUGGCAUCGUAUAACCUGGGCUCAUUAUCUUCAGGAGCUGGAGCUGGUGCUAUUACCAUGGCAGCAGCUCAGGCAGUGCAAGCCACAGCACAGAUGAAAGAAGGAAGACGGACAUCGAGCUUAAAGGCAAGCUAUGAAGCCUUUAAGAACAAUGACUUCCAACUCACAAGAGAAUUUGCAUUAUCCAGGGACACAGCUGGAUAUACCUCAUCUGCUUUGGCGUCUACAUUAUCACAGACAUUGAGUUCAUCAACCACAGAUUCACGGAGUGGUAGAAAAAGCAAAAACAAUAACAAAUCUUCAAGUCAACAGUCGUCCUCAUCAUCUUCAUCUUCUUCUUUGUCAUCAUGUUCUUCAUCCUCUGCACUAGCCCAGGAACUCUCCCAGCAAACAGCAGUCAUUCCCGAGUCUGAAUCUAAUAGCCAGGUUGAUUGGACCUAUGAUCCAAAUGAGCCACGUUACUGCAUUUGUAAUCAGGUGUCAUACGGUGAAAUGGUGGGCUGUGAUAAUCAAGAUUGUCCUAUAGAGUGGUUCCAUUAUGGCUGUGUUGGAUUGACAGAAGCACCAAAAGGAAAAUGGUACUGUCCACAGUGUACUGCUGCAAUGAAAAGAAGAGGCAAUAGGCAUAAAUAAAUGCUGCAUUAUCUUCA